AUGUCAGAUGAUUCGACUUGUCCAGUUUGUGGAGGGAGUCAAAUUGAUAAAAGUAUUACUGGACAAUUAAUUUGUGUUCAGUGUGGAAAUAUUAUAAGUGAUUAUACCUUAAAAAUUGACAAGGAAUUUAAAAAUGCAGACAAACCAGAAACAAGAUCAAAACUCGGGCCUUUAAGAAGAAUUACUAAAACAGGAGCUGGACUAAACAAACGUCUUGGAAUUAUAAAGAGAAGGGCAGAGCUAAAAGAAAAGUUAAAGAUGCGAUAUAUUCGAGAAAAGAGGGCUAUGUCAAGAGACGACUCAUACUUUACUUCUCUUCAAAAAAUUUCUUUUAUUUAUUGUGAAAUAAUGGCUAAAUUUUAUGGGGUUGAUAUAGAAGAAGCUUUAAAACAUAUUCGUGAACAAAUUAUACAGUUUAGAGGAUAUAGUGAAGACCCAACAGAUUUAAUCAACCAACGACUUAACAAAAUGAAGGCAUAUGAAAAUCAGUUAAAAAAAUAUAAAAUAAGGGAUAAACUAGAAACAUAUCUGAAGAAAAAAAAACUAUUCUUCGAACACUUACGCAAGAAAAAAGAGUCACAACAUAAAGAAGAAUCAGCCAAAGAAGAAGAAUCGGUCAAAGAAGAAGAAUCAGAAAAUACAGACAAAUUACUUGGAGAAGAGGUAUUACAAAAGGUGGAAAGGUUACUUGGUGGAGAAGAGUCAGAAGGUAUAGAUAAGUUAGUUAGUGGAGAAGGAUUUUUUAACAAAUUGGAUGAAGAAAACCCAGAAGGUAACGAAUCUAAUUGGUUAGAACAAGAAUAUUUGAAAUAUUCAGAUGUAGCAGAUAAUAAACAUACUGUUAAUAAAUAUUCUGAAAAAGAGUAUGAGAUAUUUAAAAAAAGUUUGGUUAGUAGUAUUGAAGAUCCAUUUAUUAAAGAGGCACUUAGUCGAGACAUGAAAAGUGAUGACCUCUAUAAACAAUAUUUAAAGCCUAUAAAAAGAUUAAAUAAAAACUACCAAAAAACAGGAGAUAUUAUAGUUGAUACUAUAGAAAAGUAUAGAAGGGGAAGAGUUGUUUUAAAUAAAAGGCUUUCUUCAGAAUUCCCAUUAUUUUCAACUUAUAUUGCUUUAUUUCGUUGUGGUCACAAAAUUCCUUAUCAAAUAUUUUUUAAAGAUGUUGUUAAUCAAAGACUACCAAUAUUUAGUAAUCUAACCAUUAUCGAAUCACUUAGAAGUGAUCAUAAAUUUGGUAAUUUCAUUUUUAAUUCAUUUGGUCAAUAUAUGAUGGAUUCACUUCAUUUUACUCGUAGAUUGGAGUAUUGGAACUUUCAUUACAACAUUGGUGGACCUUUUUUAACUAUUGAAGAAUCUAUGAAAAGUUAUAUUAAUGAAUUAGAUAUUCCAGAAGGAUUUUAUGAUUUAGCAAUGAUAUUGUAUGGUGCAUUACAUCAAAGUCAUCCAUCAGUUUAUACCUUUAUGUCAAUGAUAUUUCUAGCAGUUAGAUUUUCAACCCUUGGAUGGGAUAAAAUAAAUGAUAAGUAUUUUGUUAAUAAGUAUAUACACAAAUACAGUUAUAGCUGUGGAAAUGUUUUAGUAUCAACUUGUUAUGAAAUUGAAUUACUUAAUGAACGAGGGAAAGUUGAACAACUUAUUGAUGCAAUGACUAGUUCCAAUGUUAAUUUUCAAAAAAAAAUGCAACAAACACAAUCAAAAAAUAUUCCGCUUUAUCAUAUUAUUGAAAACUGGAAAAGAAGGACUCGUGGAUUAGAAAGUAUUUCUUUUAGAAGUUUAGACGAUGUCUUAGAAAGUGAAUUAGACAGAGAAUUUAUUAAUGAUGUUGAUUCGUUUGAAGAAAAUGGUAGUGAAUUAAAAGAAGAAGAUGAUGAAUUAAAAGAAGAAGAUGAUGAAUUAAAAGAAGAACAAGAAAAUACUGAAAAUAUAAAAGGACUGGUAACUGGAUAUUUUAUCCAAGACUUAGAAUCUAGUAUUUCUGAGAAAAGAUUAAGACCAGUCAAAAUAAAGAAUGAGCUAAAAGAAAAAAAUAACAUUAUUAAAGAAAUAAAAGAGUGGUUCGGUAUUAAUGAAUCUAAAGAAGCAGAAUCAUUAUUUAAACCAAUUAGGUCUAUUAAUCAAACAGAACAAAGUAUUAAAAGUCCAUUAAAAAAUAAAGAUAACUCAUUAAGUAAACAUUCAACUAGUUUAAAAAUUACUAAAAUAUUGACUAAAUGUUAUUCUUCUUUAAUUGCAUCUAUUUCUUAUGAACAAACAAGAAAAAAAAGUUAUAUUCCAAGUCCAACUGACGUUCAUGAACAAGAAAAUCUUUUUAGAGCGUUCUUUGAUUUUGACAAUUCCAAUCCACCACCUUCUUUUAAGAUUUCAUUUAAACCGAUUCAAACAGAAUUUGAUGAAAUUACUGUAGAUGAACAACAAACUGCAAUGUUUUCUGUUCGUUCUUUAAUGGGAAAAGAAUAUUUUCAAAUUGCAGAAAGUUUUGAUUAUAAACCAUUUGUAUUUUCAUCUGUAGAAAUGAUGUUCUUAGAAGUAAUAGCAAGAAAAUUAAGUGUUUCAUGUGAGACACUAUUUAGAGAUGUAGUUAGACAUUGGUACCAACUAGAAAAAAGUUUUAUAUAUCCUUGUGUAAACAUCAAAAGAAAAGACUUUUCUCAUUUCUAUCAUUCAUCUGAAAAAUUAGUUAAAACACUUUUUAACAAAUAA